CACAGGCUGAAUUUUGAUUUGAAGUUUGUUUUCUAACAUAAUCAUGGAAGAUCAGUUUUUCUCUGAGGGAGAGGGAAUUGGGUAUUGGACACCUCCUGGCGCUCAAUUCGAUGGACCAAGCAUGAUAGACAACGGAAUAAAAAAUCUUGUAUCAGAGGAGAUGCUUGACAACCUCCCUGAUCUCAUGAACUUCGAUAACCUUGCUGGUUGGGGUAAUAUUCCAUCUGUGACUGAUCAUAAUUUAGAUAAUGGAAUUUCAUCACUUGCCUCUAUGCCGUAUUCUCCACCUGAUGCAUUCAGUUUAGUGGAACAGGACAAUGAUCCAUACUUUAUGACAAAAGAUUGUGGAAAUUAUAAUGCUACUGAAACCUCCUUGGGUUUCGAUGAGAAGGCUGUGUUACAGCAAUUGGAGACCCAACUUGGGUUGUCAGAAGAUGCAAAUGAUAUGAAUAACAUAAAUGGAUCACUUCAAGAAUUGAGUGCUGCUGACAUGGGAAAUUGCUUGGUGCCUAGACCAUUUGCUUGGUCGCUUGAUGAGAGAAUGCUGAGGGCUAUGGACUUGUUUAAGGAAUUAGUUGGUGAUGGAAUAUUGACACAAGUUUGGGCACCAAUGAAGCAUGGUAAUGACUUCAUCUUAAGCACAAGUGAGCAACCCUAUUUGCUAGAUCACAUACUAGCUGGAUAUCGAGACGUGUCGAGGGAAUUUACCUUUUCUGCUGAAGACAAACCAGGGUCUUUUCCAGGGCUUCCCGGACGUGUGUUUAUCUCCCAAAUUCCUGAAUGGACCUCCAAUGUUGGGUACUACAAUAAAAGUGAGUACCUGAGGGUGGAGCAUGCAAUUAAUCACGAGGUUCGUGGAUCGAUUGCGGUUCCCAUAAUUGAUACGCUCGCUGAACCACCUUGUUGUGCUGUACUAGAACUUGUCACUACAAAGGAAAAGACUGAUUUUGACAAAGAACUAGAAAUUGUUAGCAGUGCACUCCAGCUUGUUAAUUUAAGGACUACUACUCCUCCACGACUUAUGUCCCAGUGUCUAUCAAAUAACAAAAGAGCAGCUUUAACAGAGAUAAUUGAUGUGUUACGAGCUGUGUGUCAUGCGCAUCGUUUGCCACUGGCAUUGACAUGGAUCCCCUGUUAUUAUAGUGAGGGAGUAGGAGAUGAAGCUUCAAGGAUACGGAUUAAAGAUGGGCGUAAAAUUCCUGGUGAAAAAACUGUAUUAUGCAUUGAAGAAUCAGCUUGCUAUAUAAAUGAUAUUGUGGUAGGAGGAUUUGUUCAUGCAUGUGUUGAACAUUAUCUCGAGGAAGGGCAAGGUGUAGCUGGGAAAGCUCUUCAAUCAAAUCGUCCAUUCUUCUGUCCCGAUGUGAAGGCCUAUAAUAUUAGUGAAUAUCCCCUUGUUCACCAUGCGCGAAAAUAUAAGUUGAAUGCUGCCGUUGCAGUCAGGCUAAGGAGUAUUCAUACCAAUGAUGAUGAUUACAUAAUAGAAUUCUUUCUACCUGUCAAUAUGAAUGGAAGUGAAGAACAGCAACUUUUAUUAGACAAUCUAUCAGAUACUGUGCAGAGAAUGUGUCAGAGUUUGAGGUCAGUUUCGGAUGCUGAAUUACACGGGAUAGAAGGUUCGCAAGUGCAGUUUUCAAAGGAAGAAGGCUCUCAUAUGUCGCCGGAUGGUGACCAUGAUUCGGUCCAGCCUAUGUCCAUGACAAACAAUGAAACUGAAGCUGCUCAUAACCAGGCAAUGGAUGAAUCAAGAAAGCAGACUGAGAAAAAGAAAAGUUCAGUGGAGAAGAAUUUUAGCUUGAGUGUUCUCCAGCAAUAUUUCUCCGGUAGUCUUAAAGAUGCGGCUAAAAGCCUUGGUGUUUGCCCAACAACCCUGAAAAGGAUAUGCAGGCAACACGGAAUUUCAAGAUGGCCAUCGCGCAAGAUCAAUAAAGUUAAUCGUUCGUUAAAGAAUAUACAAACCGUGCUUGACUCAGUCAAGGGUGUGGAAGGAGGACUGGAGUUUGAUCCUUACAAGGGGGGAUUUAUGCUAGGAGGAUCAAGCAACCAAGAAAUUAAUGCACAUAAAAGUUCUCUCUUCGGGAAGAAAUGUUCUGUAAAAUAUCCUGAUCCUGCAUCUGGUAGCAAAGAUUCAAAACCAAUAGCCAUGGAUGAUGGUGGAUUACGGCAGGAACCCUUUCCGGUUUCUAUUUUGGAAAGUUCUUGGUGUGAUAUAGCAUAUCACAGUCCAAACACCCUGGUUGCUGAUGAGAUGGCUGACAAGCUCGGCGAGCAUCACAGUCCCACUACUUCAAGCAUGUCAGACUCGUCGAAUGGCUCUGGCUCAAUUUUGCGUGGCUCUCGGAAAUUUGAGAAGCGGAAACAUUUGAAAGCCAAAUCACCUUGUGUUGGUAGUGGAUCAAAAAUUACUGUAAAAGCUGUCUACAAAGAAGAUAUUAUCCGUUUCAAGUUUGACCCUGCAGCUGGUUGUCUCCAGCUCUAUGAAGAAGUUGCAACAAGAUUCAAAUUACAAAUCGGAUCUUUCCAGCUGAAGUAUCUCGACGAUGACGAGGAAUGGAUGAUGAUGGUAAAUGACUCAGAUUUGAAAGAAUGCAUAGAAAUAUUGAAUGAUCUUGGCACCCGUGCUGUGAAAUUGCUUGUUAGCGAGACAUGCCUAGUGGUUUGAGUAGCCGUGGCAGUAACAGUUGAGGAAUACAAUGAACCACAAGAAUUCUUUGAUCCAAAUAACUCCAAUGACACAUCCAAAAUAUUUCAUAGAAAUGUCUUCAUCUGAUUUGUGUGGCUAAAAAGCAAUAUUAGUGAAAUAUUGUUGACAGACGAAUUCUAUGUGAUAACUGAGUUCUUCUAUCAACAUAUUUCGUUAGCAUUGUCUUUUAGGCAAUGAAGACGUUUCUAUGAAGUUUUUUGAAUGUGGCAUUGAG